AACCGCACGGACGUACAUACUCUGCCACUUCCUAAUUGCCUAUAUCACGCGCAAUAAUUUUUGUGAGUUUCUAACUCCAUAUCCUUGCUGGAAUCACGUUAAUUAGGUAUUCAGAAUGAUGCCUCGAGAGGGCGACAUCAUGCAAGCGACUAAGAGACCGCGAGGCAAGGACGGAGACGAUGCUCCGGACACGAAACGAGCGAUGCUGGCAAGGUCGUCAGUUGCGAUGCGGCUGAUGGCCAAAAUGGGCUACAAGGAGGGUGGUGGCCUCGGCCGAGACGGGCAAGGAAUCACCGCACCUGUAGCCCCUAGCACUCAGAGCGGUCGUCGGGGCUUUGGCCUGAAGGUGGCAGGACUGGAAAGCAAGUCCAUCGAGUGGGAUUGGGACUCGGAGGUGGUCCAAGCGAAGGAGACGCUGAGAUGGCUGCCUGGUUCUAAAGGGCCCACUGGUCUCUCCCCAAACUGGAUCCAGCUCGGUGAGGACAAACGCACCAUGGACGACGAGCACAAGUUUUGUUCUCCCGCGGUUUUGAAGACAUUACUCAGCGCAAAGUCUGUGUUCGACCAGCUGAACGACACAGAGCUGAGAAAAGCCCGAGGAAAAUGCAAUCCGUUUGAAGGCAUCGGUAAAGUGUUUUUCCAAAACAGAGCCGCAGUAAAAAUGGCCAACAUUGAUGCCGUGUGUGGGAUGAUGUUCACCGACCCGAAGAACGAAGAAGGCCAAAAAACGGUGCCAGUAGAUGAGCUCCUGUACUUUGCUGACGUCUGCGCUGGACCAGGUGGUUUCUCGGAAUACGUACUCUGGCGGAAGAGGUGGCAAGCCAAGGGCUUUGGCUUCACACUUCGCGCCGGGGGCAAUGACUUCAAGCUGGAAGACUUCUACGCAGCGAGUGCGGAGACGUUUGAGCCGUGCUAUGGGGAGGAUGGAGAUGGUGACAUCUACAAGCCAGCCAACAUUCGUCACUUCCAGGAGCACGUACUCGCAAACACAGAUGGCAAGGGAGUCCAUUUCACCAUGGCUGACGGAGGCUUCUCCGUCGAGGGCCAGGAAAACAUCCAGGAAAUCCUAUCUCAUCGGCUGUACCUGUGUCAGUGCCUGGUAGCCCUGAGCAUUACUCGCCCCGGUGGACAUUUCGUAGUCAAGCUGUUUGAUGUCUUCACCCUAUUCAGUGCUGGUCUCAUUUGGCUGAUGAGGAGAGCUUUCAGAGAAAUCUGCAUCUUCAAGCCUAAUACAAGUCGGCCUGCUAAUUCCGAAAGAUAUCUGGUUUGCAAGCAUAAACUAGCUGACGUGUCUGCCGUGAGAGAUCUCAUGUGGACUGCUAACGAGGAGUUCGAAAAACUGGCAACUGUUACUGGCAAAGCAGUUGUCAGCUUAGUUCCUGAGGAUAUUAUUGCUGGCGACAAGGAGCUCGUAGACUACCUGACAACGUCAAACAACGAUCUUGGCCAUCGGCAGGUUGUCUCACUGAACAAAAUCAAAGCAUUCUGCCAGGACUCCACAUUGUUCGAGCCAAGACAGGCUGAGAUGAGGAAGAGCUGUCUGGACCUGUGGCGCAUCCCGGACGAAAGCCGAACUGUUCCUAGAGUGGAGCAUCCAGAGGCCGCGUUCGCUGCACUCGAAUGGGAUUACCGCAAACACUCCUGGGGUUUGACGCCCACGAUUCUGCAGGACCACAUGAAAAUGCUGGAGUGGAGGUGCUACGCUAUGAAUGCAGGACCUACUUCCAAGAAUAAUUGCACACUGUUUUUAAGCGUGGGACGUGGCAAUGUCUACUAUCUAGACGGCAAAGGCGGCAGAUGGCUCAACGUUAGCGUGCAAAACGCUAAGCUCGACCUUCCUGCACGCACCCUGGUGUUUGGAGAACUGGUGUCGGAGCUGCGUGGAGAGGCUCGUGCGCAAAGCAACAUAAAAGUGCUGCAUGUGAUGGAUGCGCAUGUGUUAGGUGGCCGCGUCAUUGGCCAUCUAAGCUUUGACGAGCGCGUUCACCACUGCAAACUGUUCGCCAAGGCCAUCGAGAGACCCAGCAGAAUCGACCUGACUCGGUUCGAGGUGAAGCAAGCCUUCACAAUGGACAAGUUGGAUUCCCUGUUUGCAAAGCUCAACUCGAAGAAGAUCAAGCAGUUGGGCGGAGACAGGAGAGUGUGCAUCAUGCUCGACGACAGCGAGGACAAGUUCCACGUGGUCGGAGGGAUAUCGUUCAUGAAGGUAGUCAAGGAACCUUGGACUGUGGCGUUCAGCAAGUCUGCCAGCCGCAAGUACUGGUUCAACCUAAAGAACGGAGCGUCCCUGUUCGAGCGUCCGCCCGAGUCAAACCUGAGCUUUCAAGGGUCCGUCAAUGGGCGCCUUGAUUGGUGGUGGGAUGACAAAGUCAACCUUGCCAUGUGUGAUGACGUGAGAGAACUGGACUCAGGCAUCGUACACAGAGUCAACUUGGUUGACAAAAUCGAGCGAGAAAAAAUCAGCCUAAAAAUGAAUUAGGCUAUUUCUCCUCUCAUUUGUGUGUGAAACCUGUGGCUAUUGACCGAUGUGUGUUAAUUAAUCGAAGGAUUUUAAUUUCAUGUGAUGGAAGCAAAGGCUGUUUUCUCUGCGUCAAGUACCUUGCUAAUAGGGAUUAAUAUAGUGAAACCAAUUUUCACACAGUCAAGAGUAGGCACAUAGGUCUGUUACUCUACCCAUAAAAAUCCCUGAGAAUGGUUUGGCCAAUCUUUCAUUUGUAUUAGUUUGUAAAAAUUGGAGUCUAUAGAUGGUAGGCUAUAAGCCUACUCUAAAUAUCCAUUAAAAUUAGAUUUUGUAUUUUAGUAUAAGUUUUCUUGUAUGUUAAUAUCGACUGUAUAAUUUUGUGAUAGACUUUAAUUGUACAUUGUAUUUUUCUGAUAGUGUGUAAUGAAUAUGUUUUAAGAUGUGAGAGAUUUAGCUGUUAGAAUUAAGCGUCAUUUAAGUUUUUAAACUUAAAGUAAAUUCAAUUAAAGCCACUUGCUUUUGGGGAGGUUUUUCACGUUGCCUUCAGCAACGUUUUCCUACCCCGUUAACGUAGAGCCAAUUUUCUUUAGUAUUUUUAAUUCGAGUUAGCCAAUAAAUUUAGUUUCUUCUUACCUAACCAAAACCCACUUGUUUCUCUU